AUGACGUCGCCGGAGGAGCAAUUUGGGCAGAUUCUCGCCCUGUUGAGCGAGAACUCCAAGGGGAUCAUCGAUUUGAAGCUGUCGAUGUCCGAGAUGAAGGGCGCCAAGGCGGAUCUCGAAGCCUGGAAGCCGAAGGUCGACCACCGCGUCUCUGAUCUGGAGGUUGUCGUGAACCACCUCGGUGAGCGCAUCGAGAAGCUCUACAACCACACCGUCCACUCCGCCAAGUCGCUGAUGCUCGGAGAUGGAGAAGUGGAGCACUCCGAUUCGGAUCCAUCCAAGUCCGGCGGAAGUGUGGUGUCGGAUUCCGCUCAACUGGGACCGACCCCGUCUGGAGCGACAUCAGAGCCAAGUGGCCACCACGAAGAACCUCAUCACCGGAGUGCUGGGUUUGGGAUGGUUUACACCACCCUUACUCCAACUCCGGUCACAGAAUCCAAUCUCUGGGUCCGUAUUGCCACCAUGAACCUCACCGGUUCAGCUUCUCUUUGGUUGCAGACAGUCCAACCUGCUGUUUAUUCCAUGUCGUGGGCUGAUUUUUCUGCUACCAUUUGUGCUCGAUUUGAUAGGGAUGAGCAUAACCAUUUGCUUAGGCCAUUCUUCCAUAUCCGCCAGCUUUCUAAUGUUAUAGAGUACAUUGAGCACUUUUGUGACCUCACCCACCAAAUCCUAGCUCAUGAUCCGAGCCUUCCACCAUCUGUUAUCACCAAUAGAUUCAUAAAUGGUCUUAAGAAAGAAAUCAAAGCUAUUAUUAUGGUUCAUAGGCCACAAGAUCUAGAUUCUGCUAGUUCUUUGGCUUUGUUGCAGGAGGAAGCGAUGAUGGACAAUAUACCCAUCAGAAGACAUGAUUCAAGCUCAUCUGGCAGAAAAUAUUAUCAAGAGCCUACCAGAGUACAUGGGUUUACAGUAGGACAUUCUCCUAAGUUUUCUCCAAGCCCAGGUGAAGAUAGAAGAAAUGUGGAAGGGAACAAGCAAAAAGUUGAUGAUAAGCUUGUAGCUCUAAAGUCUUUCAGAAAAUCUAAGGGUUGUAUUUAA